UCUCAGUGUUUCUGUUUUUGUAAUCCAAAAACAUUUUCCCCUCCGUCUAUCUGUCUACAUUAAAUAGCUCUUAAAAUAGAGAGGGAAUUUUAGUCUACCGGCAAUUUAGUUGUAAACUGUGCCUGAAGGAUUGCUUGUUAAAUCUGCUUGCGAAAGGAAGGCUGGUGGAAGAAACUUGUUUUCCAAGGACAGAAAAAUACAGAACUAAUGGCAAUCGAAAAGGUGACAGAUAUCCCCUCUGAUAAUGUAUAUGCUUACGCAUUAUCAAAAACCCUCACGAAGGUCUCAUCUCCUCUCACCGUGGGCUUGUAUUCAGAAUGUCACAACAGGAUCAACAUGGUUCUCAAAAAAAUCGAGGUCCAUAUGAAUCUAGAGGCCCAAAGAAGAGAACAGAAGAACACAAAGGAAAAAAAGCCUCGCUCAGUUAAACCCUCCAUAUGUGACCUGCUGUCUCUCAUCCUGCAUCUCCUCUUCUAUCGACCUGUGUGGACAGAGCAGAAUCAGAACCGGAAGAAUAUUCGGUACAUAUUUGUGAGGUUCAGUGCCUGGCAUUUUGCUGGCAGUGACAUGCUGUGGGCUGGACUGGUUAUGCAAUUGUUCACGUCUUUUCAGAAUAACUUCGGUAAGCUCCAGCUGAGUCUUUUUAGGAUUGCGCAAUACAAUGAAGAAAAGGAUUCGCCGAGAAAAAAGAUUGAGGACUCUCUAAAAGAAUGGAGGAGCAAAAAGUUGUGCUGUAUUCCCAUUUGGGCGGUAAUACUGAUGGGAUUCGUCGGAACAAUUGUCAUUGUGGUCUGUCUUAUCAUAUAUGGAUUUUCAGAACACAUGGGUAAACCAGUAAUGGAAAGCUUUGCUAUUACUAUACUUGGCGUUCCUGUAGCUGGGGCCAUAAAGUUCAUAUUCUUGUUACUGAAGAACCUCAUCAUCAACCAGGACCUUAAAGUAAGACAAGGGCUGGACAACCAAAAGGUUAGUGAGCAGCUGGGAUUGAUGCAUGAGGUUCGUAAAGAGAUGAGACUGUUGAGCUGUUUCGUUCACUUCAUGGAGCUCUUCGAGAGGAGAAAGAUCAGAGUGGUAUUGGAGAUCACCAAUUUGGAUCGGUGCACGCCAAAGAAAAUCGUAGGAGUUUUGGAUGCUAUCAACAUACUUUUAUCUGACGAAGAGAGUCCCUUUAUUUCUCUGCUCGCCGUUGACCCAGAAGUGCUGGUUAGGCAGGUGGACCUGGCCGAGAAUUGUUCUGGCAAAACAAAUUCAGCGUAUGACUUUCUAGACCGAAUAAUCACACUGCCCUUUACCGUGCCUCCACUGUGUGAUGCAUCAAAAUGCAGGGUCUUUCAGAACAUUGUUCGUGGUCAAUCCGAGAUCCGUGAAGACACCGAUACAUCGUCUCUAGGACCUCCCAGAACCUCAGUCUCUGUAGUAGAUGAGUCUACUAGUAAAUCUGAUCAUAAUGAAGAAGAUCAAGUCUUCCUUUUGAAAGAAAAAAAUGUUACGUACCCAGCAGCAGAACUUAGUCAAGUAGAAGUGGCUAAAACUAUUGACUCUGCAUUUCAAGACAUCCUUUCCAGCAAGCUUAAAACAUAUUUAUCUGGUGACACUAUGUCCAUGAGAAGAGUGAUUAACUCCAUUCGUGUAACGAUUAUUAUUAUGGAGACUCUGAAAUUGGAGCUUCCACCUACUAAGAUGAUCGCUGCAUGGGUGGUUUUGGCAGACCGCUGGCCUUGCAGACUAAGCUGGAUUCUUCAGUGUGUAGAAGAUGACCAACAGAGAGCCGAGAUAGAUGGACAAAACGAAACGAUCUGUGCGACCGAUGACGCCAAAGCAUUAUGGGAUGUGUUUAAUGAACACAGUCUUGAACUCUACCUGCAAGGACAUGAGGCUGAGAACUUUUUGGAAAGAGACUGGGACCCUGAACUUUUUGAGAAGUUCCUUAAGAAAGACUUCAAGUUCACCAUAGGGGAGGUGAAAAGGUUUGUGCUUUGUACUGUGAACUUAAACUAUUCCAUCAAGAAUGAGCUGGCCAAGAUACGCGGGAGCCAUGAAUUGAAAAGAGCGAGAAGAAAUGUGUUCAACUCACUUGCCGCAAAAAAAGUCAUUAGCAUGAAAACGGAAGAUGUUUGUGAAGAGCUGUUACGACUCAGCUUUUCAGAGAAAUACAUCACAAGAGUGAGGGAGAAUUCCUUAGAUGGUCAAACAAUCCUCUUCAAUGACCCCAGAGACCUCAGGCAGGUCCUGCAAAUGACUCUUGGUGAAUGGACAAAUUUUAAAAUUCAUUUCCUCGGGGUCAUGCCUUCUAGACGAACAGAUCUGGCACAGUCUUCAAAAGCCACACGCCCUGAAGUGGUCAUGUGUUCAUGUGGACGCAGGACCAGCAUAGAAUAUAAGUGACCUUGAGGUGUGCAUCGGUGCAUUCAUUGCACUAAGAAUGUUUCAGGAAACAAUGCCGAAUCCCUACGGCAAUAUAAUUUUCCUAUGGCUAGGCAUGCACAAGACUGUAAAUGUACACCAGUGAAUCAUAUCCAGGGAAUGAUGACGUUUGAAAGAAGAAAAUAUUUGUGAAAUGUAUGUGGAACACUUCUGCAAAUUUUUAAGAUUUAUUUCUUUAUAUAGGAAAUAUAAAUUGUAUGAUCGCUAAAACAUUUUCAGUAUUUUAAAAUGUAACAAUUACUGACUGUCAUUUCUAUAUGAAUACAUAUAAGGUCCCGAUAAGGAUUUUUUUCGCAAUGAUACCACAAAAGAGAUAUUUUGGUGUCAUUAAGACAGACUUUCUAAAAUCAGCUUUUUUUGUCUGAGCUAUUCAUGAAAUAGAAAUAUGAGAAUUUAUAUUUGAUUUGUAUAAUUUUAAUAUUUUUAAUAUUUUACACAAAAAAUAACUUUCAAUUUUGCCAAUUUUACUUAAAAAAUAUAUUUAACAAGUUUGAACUUACUCUAGUUCAUUGAACAAAAAGUGUGUCUUGAAAGCUUUACUUAAAAAUUAUUUGUUCAGCCAACAUAACAUUGUUUCAUAAAAGUAUUUAAGAGAAUUUUGCAGUGUGGGUAAUUGUUGUUCUGGCAGAAUUGUUGUACACUCUUGCAGAAGUGUAGCACCAUUAGAUGCUACGGGGUAAGGGUAAGUGAGUAAUAAAUGACCAAGUAUAAGUAAAUGAACUUCUGAUAUGUUUUAGAACAAAACAAACAAACCAACGGUAUGAAAUGUAACAUUGCAUUUCAAAUAUGUUUGUUAUAUGUUUGAUAAACUGUGAUUAAAAAAGGUCUAUAUGAUGAGUGGUA